GUUGAUAGCAAACUUCCUCGAAGGAGGGGCAGAGCCUGCGCAGGGCAGGAGCAGCCGGCCCACUGGCUGCCCACAGCACUCCGUCUCACCCUCUGUGCCCGCUGCAUCUAGAGGAGGGCUGCCUGUGAGGCCACUACCCCUCCAGCAACUGGGAGGCGGGACUCUCAGAAGCUGGCCCAGGGUGGCGGUCAGCUGGGUCAGGGACCCACGGCACCUGCUGGACCACCUCGCCUUCUCCAUCGAAGCAGGGAAGUGGGAGCCUCGAGCCCUCGGGUGGAAGCUGACCCCAAGCCACCCUUCACCUGGACAGGAUGAGAGUGUCAGGUGUGCUUCGCCUCCUGGCCCUCAUCUUUGCCAUAAUCACGACAUGGAUCUUUGUUCGAAGUUACAUGAGCUUCAGCAUGAAAACCAUCCGUCUGCCACGCUGGCUGGUACCACCACCCACCAAGGAGAUCCAGGUUGUAAAGUACAAGUGUGGCCUCACCAAGCCCUGCCCAGCCAACCACUUUGCGUUCAAAAUCUGCAGCGGGGCAGCCAAUGUCGUGGGCCCUUCUAUGUGCUUUGAAGGCCACACGAUCAUGAGUCCUGUGAAAAACAAUGUGGGCAGAGGCCUAAACAUCGCCCUGGUGAAUGGAACCACAGGAGCUGUGCUGGGACAGAGGGCAUUUGACAUGUACUCUGGAGAUGUUAAUCACCUAGUGAAAUUCCUUAAAGAAAUUCCAGGGGGUGCACUUGUGCUGGUGGCCUCCUACGACGACCCGGGGACCAAAAUGAAUGAUGAAAGCAGGAAACUCUUCUCUGACUUGGGGAGUUCCUACGCAAAACAACUGGGCUUCCGGGACAGCUGGGUCUUCAUAGGAACCAAAGACCUCAGGGGUAAAAGCCCCUUUGAGCAGUUCUUAAAGAACAGCCCAGACACAAACAAAUACGAGGGAUGGCCAGAGCUGCUGGAGAUGGAGGGCUGCUUGCCCCCGAAGCCAUUUUAGGGUGGCUGUGGCUCUUCCUGAGCCAGGGGCCUGAAAAAGCUCCUGCCUGACUUAGGAGUCGGAGCCGGGCAGGGACUGAGGAGAAGGAGCAGGGGGUGCCACGUGGAAGUCACUGCCGGUCCUUGCAUGCUGUGUCACGCCUCCCCUCCUUGGAAACAGAACCCUCCCACAGCGCAUCCUACCCGGGAGACCAGCCUCAGGGGAUCCUUCUGGAACCAGCUGUCUGUGCAGAGAACAGGGUGCUUUCGUCAGGGACUGCUGGCGGCCAGUCCUGAGGAAGGACCGACUGCCCUGACUUGAGCCCAAUUAAAUUUUAUUUUUGCUGGUUUUGAAUGAA